AUGUUUUCUCCAAGGAACACCUUGUAUUCCACGCGCCGGCGACUCUUCAUCAAGUUCGUCAUCCCCGCGAAGCCAACUUUCGGCUCCCUCGCCACCGCCCCAGCUUCUCCAACCGGCCCGUUUUCCGGGCACCACCAGUUCAUCACUAGCUCCGAUGAACGGGUACAGACGCAGGCCCGCCUUCCGGCGAACUAUGGUCGGACGGCUGGAAUCGCAUUCGCAUCUCAAUCGCGCGAGCUCGGGCUUCCCCAAAAGUAUGAGCUUUUAAUAGAAAAAUGCCGGCUUUCUUGUUCGGAGUUCGAGCCAAAACAGAACGAAAUUCUUUACGAUGCAUUAACUGCAUUUAGUGAAAUGUUCUCCUCAGGUGUUUUCCCGACCCAUUACGCGCUCGGGAGUGCUUUAAGAUCCUGUCAGAAAAUGGGAACCGGCGGGUUGAGACACGGGAUUCAAAUUCACGGUUUGAUCUCAAAAACCCAUCAUUCUUUCGAUGUGGUCAUCUGCAAUGUCCUUAUCUCGAUGUACUCAAACUGCAUUGUGGGCCCCGCCGGCUCGAUUCCCGCUCGUCGUGUUUUCGACACGAUAGCCGAUAAAAACUCCGUUUCGUAUAAUUCUAUCAUCUCGGUUUACUCUCAGCGAGGGGACGUGGGUCCCGCGUUCGACCUUUUUUCCGAAAUGCAGGAGAGUUUUUCGUGGUCUGAAUUCGGGCCUAACGAGUAUACGUACGGCAGCUUAAUAACCGCUGCAAGUGAAUCGGUCGAUGCCGAUGGUGGUUGCUUUUUGCUCAAGCAGCUGCUGGCAAAAAUUGAGAUGUUAGGACUUAUGGAGGAUUUAUAUGUCGGUAGUGCUCUCGUGAGUGGAUUUGGAAAGCUCGGUGAGAUCGAUAUUGCGAAAGGCAUUUUUGCGAAAAUGGGCAUGAGAAAUGUGGUGUCUUUAAAUGGUUUGAUGGUUGGAUUAGUGAAAUUUAAGCAUGCUCGUGAAGCAGUUGAGGUUUUCUUGAAAACAAGGGGACUGGUUAAAUUUAAACUCAAUUCUGAUAGUUAUGUCCUCCUCUUGAGUGCCCUUGGCGAGUUCUCGUGCUUGGAAGAAGGGAAAAGGAAAGGGAAAGAGGUGCAUGGAUACGUGACACGGACAGGGAUAAACGAUUCGAGUGUUUCGGUCGGGAACAGUUUGAUUAAUAUGUAUGCCAAAUGUCAUUCUAUUGAGGAUGCACGUUCUGUCUUUAUCUCGAUGCUCGAUAAAGAUUCGGUCACGUGGAGUUCUAUAAUCUCGGGGCUCGACCAAAACGAGCGUUUCGAAGAUGCGCUGUUGUGUUUUCUUGAAAUGAAAAAAUUCGGGUUAAUUCCUUCGAAUUUCACGCUGAUAAGCGCUAUGAGUUCGUGCGCGAGUCUCGGCUGGAUUUGGAUGGGAGAGCAAAUACAUUGCGAGGCGAUUAAGUUAGGACUUGAUUUAGAUGUCUCGGUAUCUAAUACUCUUCUUACUCUUUAUGCUGAUACCGGACACAUCACAAAAUGCAGAAAAUUGUUUUCUUUAAUGCACGAUUGCGAUCGGGUCUCGUGGAAUUCGAUAUUACGGGCUUUUACGGACAACAAUGAGACGUCAAUAAUCGAGGCCUCGAAAUAUUUUCGGCAAAUGAUGCGAUCCGGAUGGAGCCCAAAUAACGUGACCUUUACAAACAUUCUUUCUGCAGCUGCUUCUCUCUCGAAUCUUGAACUCACUCGUCAAAUUCACUGCUUAGCUUUGAAACACCGAUUUACGGAAGAUAACAUAGUGAAAAAUUCUCUGCUCACCUGUUAUGGAAAGUGUGGAGAAAUAAACGAGUGUGAGAUUCUCUUCUCGAGAAUGGUUGAUAAAGAUGAGGUCGCUUGGAAUUCGAUGAUUUCGGGCUAUUUACACGGCGAGAUGUUGGUGGAGGCCAUGGAUUUAGUGAAGCUCAUGCUGCAAAAUGGCCAAAGAUUGGAUCUUUUCACUUUCGCCACUGUUUUAAGCGCUUGUGCUUCGGUGGCCACACUCGAGCAUGGCAUGGAAAUUCACGCCUGUGCGGUUAAGGCCCGUUUGGCAUCCGAUGUUGUUAUCGGGAGUGCGCUUGUUGACAUGUACGCGAAAUGCGGGAGAAUAGAAUACGCGUCCCGAUUUUUCGAGCAAAUGCCCAUUAAAAACGUGUAUUCGUGGAACUCCAUGAUAUCGGGCUACGCUCGGCAUGGAGAUGGGGAGAAAGCGCUCGAGAUAUUCACGCGAAUGAAAAUCGAAAACCAACAAAAACCGGAUCACGUGACGUUCGUUGGGGUGUUGUCGGCUUGCAGCCACAUGGGAUUGGUUUUACAAGGUUACGAGCAUUUCGAGUCUAUGAUUAAAGUUUAUGGCCUUACCCCAAAAAUCGAACAUUUUUGUUGCAUGGUCGAUUUACUCGGCCGGGCGGGCGAAUUUAAUAAAUUAGAGGAGUUUAUAAAUAAUAUGCCGAUCGAGCCUAGUGUUUUGAUAUGGAGAACUGUUUUGAGUGCAUGUGGCCGGUCGAGCGGCCGAACGCUCGAUUUGGGAAAAAGGGCUGCCAAGAUGAUACUCGAUUUAGAGCCGCAUAACGCGCAUGAGAAGACCCAGCAAAUGGCUUCUUCCACUCAUUACCCAAAUGAGAUUUCUUGUAAGCCUUAUCGGCCCAUCUUUGCCUAA